GAGCGGGAACCCAGGUGUGUUCUACCGGCGGGGUGGCCCCGGGAGCACAGCGUCCUAGCAGCCGGCCGAGGAGGCGGACGGGAAGAUGCCGCUGUCGCCACCAUCUCAGGGUGACCCCAGGGAGGCCAGCCCGUCCAAGGCCCCCAAGAAGCACCCCACCUUCCACAUUUGGCGCUCCAAGAAGAAGCAGCAGUCUCCGCCGUCCAGCUGCGGAGUGUUCGUGCCGCACCCGCCUGCGGCCAGACCUUUGGAUAUACCUGAUGGAAGCCAAGGAGAAUCACAGGAAUUUACACUGCAGGGCGGAGAAUCACAAUUAUUUCACGGCCCUUAUGAGGUACCUGACCCUUUGUCUACAGAGUCUGGAAUAUUUAAAAAGUCCAGAGCACAACCACCAGAAGACAGCAGAAGGAAGCCAGUCUUGGGGAAACUUGGCACCCUAUUUACUGCUGGAAGGAGAAGGAACACCAGGAAUGGCUUAGAGAGUCCCACCCACUCAAAUACCAAAUCGGUCUCUCCCAAAGACGCCACUUCUUCCAAACUCCCCGAGGCUCAGGGCAGCCCACCUAAGGCCACCGACGCGAGCGAGGCCGAGGCUGAGCCGGCGGAAAGCGGUGUCCAGGCAACCCCCGGGGACGCCGAGCUGUCACCUCGCUGCAGCAGCGACUCCGGGGCUGUGCAGCAGGGCCUGGGCAGUGAUUCAGCCCAAUUAGCACCUCUGCAGGCAGAGGGAGAGACCUUCCCAGAUGCCACCACCGCUGCCAAGCAGCUGCAUUCCUCACCGGGGAACUGCUCCAGGCAGGGGAGCGCAGAGACACCCGCCCGCAGUCCGGGGGAGGACGCUUUGCCAGGCGCUGGCCGCCAACCCGAGACCGCCGGGGGUGCGAGGGGUGUGUCGGGGUCGCCCACGGAGGAGCGGCCCGCGGGAGAACCAGCGGAGGCCCCCGACGGAGUCCCCGUGGUGGGUGGCGGAGGCUCCCCGGGGUCGGGUGAGGACGCGCCUGCCGGGCCAGGCGACCCUCCUGCCCAGGGCGCAGCGGCCGGCGGUGCAGCCCGGCACGGCGAUCGCGCCCACCCUGCCACAGUGCUAACUUUGGACAUCUACUUGAGUAAGACUGAGGCGGCGCAGGUGGGCCAGCCAGUCGGGGUGGCCCCGGGGACAGACGACUGCGACGAUUCGGACGACAUGGAGCGGAGGGCGGGCGGCCGCAGGUCGGGCCGGCGGAGGAAGUCGCAGAAAUCCGCCGACUCCCCCGGCGCCGACGCGGUGCCUCCCGAGAGCCCGGCGACCGACCACGCGGUGUUCGACGACGAGGUGGCGCCAAACGCGGCCACCGCGAACGGCUCGGCGGAAAAGAAAGUGAAAUCCCCGAGCGCGGCUCCAGACGGGGGCGUUGCCUCCGCCGCCGGCCCGGACUCCAAGCCCAGCCCCGGCCCCAAAGGGCAGCCGCGCGGGGAGCCGGAGCGGAGCAAGCAGCCGCCCCCGGCCUCGUCCCCCACCAAGAGGAAGGGCCGGAGCCGCGUCCCGGAGGCGGUGCCCAGCUCACCCGGCAGCGGGUCACGGGCGCCCGCCAGGGAGUCUCCCCCGAAGAAGGCGCCCGCCGCCGACCCGGGCCCGGCAGCCAAGGGCGCCGCUGCGGAAGGCGGGGAGGAGACCGGGCGGGUCAUCCCGCGGGAGCUCACGGUCAAGAGCAGCUCGCUGCUGCCCGAGAUCAGGCCGGAGCACAAGAGGGGCCCGCUGCCCCACCACCUGGACGGCCGGGGCGACGGAGGCCGAGGCAGAGAGCUGGGCAGGUCGGCAGCUACGUCUGAGGCCGAGGGCCAGAAGCCCAGGAACCAUUUCGGUGUGGGCAGGUCGACCGUGACCACCAAAGUGACCCUACCAGCCAAACCCAAACAUGUGGAACUAAAUCUGAAAACCCCCAAGAAUCCUGACAGUUUGGGAAAUGAGCAUAAUCCAUUUAGCCAGCCAGUUCAUAAGGGAAACACUGCCAACAAAAUCUCCUUAUUUGAAAACAAGAGGACAAACAGCAGCCCAAGACACCCUGACAUCCGUAGCACAAGGAACAUUCCUCCCUCUAAUAAGACAUUUGUUGGGAGGGCAAAGCUGAAUUUAGCCAAAAAAGCCAAAGAAAUGGAGCAACCUGAAAAAAAAUCAGUGCCAACCAACCAACAGAAUGGUUUGAUGGCCAAGGAACCGUCUCCAGAAGCCAAAGGUGUUGUCCCUGUCCCUGAUGAAGAGAUUCCCCCAGCAGCCAGAGGAGACACAGGAGAGCCCACUGAGGGUCGGUCCCUCUGUCCUCAGCCUUGCCAAGGUGAUAAAGCAAAUGUACAAGUCGAUGCUGCCUGUACUUCACAGCCAGAUCCUACUGCUCUGGGUCCUGUCGAGGACCCUAAGCUCUUAGGAGAGGACAGCUCAGAGGCUUUUGACAGCAAAAGGCCUGUAGUUGAAAACAUGAGUGGUGCAGCACAGGAUGUCCCUGCCAUUCUGAAUGCCAGAGAGUCUCCUCCAAAACCACAGAAUGCGUUUUCUGACUCACAGCCCCCAUCUGAGUCAUCUAGGGAGCUUUCUCUCCCACCUCCUGCAUCCAGUGCUGGGAAUACCCUCCAAGACGGCUGUGUUCAAGUUCCCAUAAGCGAUUUUGCAUGCCCUGAUCUAGAAGUGUCAGAAAACCACAAUGGAUGCACUUCACCUGUGUCUCAUCACAGUGAGAAAAUGCCCCUGUCCAGACUUGGAGGAGGAGACCCCAACCCUCCUCUACCCCCAGAGCACAGCCCAGAAACCGUGGGCAACGAGUGUCCAUCCAAAGUCCUUGUACAGGUCAGGUCCUUUGUGCUUCCUGUGGGGAACACUCAGGACGUGAGCUCACAAGUCAUCUCAGAAAGCUCUGAAGUUAGAGAAGUGCAGUUGCCGAGUUGUCACAAAAAUGAACUUGAAGUGGUUUCUGUUGCAAAUUCUGCUCCUCAGCAAGAGGAAGUACUGGACAAUAAGAGCACGUCACCAGAGCACAUGUGCUGCAGGGAGGAGCAUGGGGCACAGUCUCGCCCACACAGCCUGCAGCCAGAAUCUGAGAAGGCUCAAAGUCAGAGCUCUGGUACACCCCUGUCAGCUGAGUUCAGCCCAGUCCACCCUCCCAGCAACACAAGUCAUUCAGAAACCCCUCAAAGGUCAGAUCAAAAUGUGAAUGGCCACAAUACCCCUACCAGCCUCUUGAAUGUUUCUGCUAGUAGUGAUGACAGUGUCUUUGAUUCCUCUUCUGAUAUGGAAAAAUUCACUGAAAUUAUUAAAAAGAUGGACAGCGCGGUGUGUGUGCCCCAGAAGAAGAAGAAGGCCAGGAUGCCAAACUCUCCAGCCCCUCACUUUGCUAUGCCUCCUAUUCAUGAGGACACUUUGGAAAAGGUGUUUGAUCCUAAUGUGUUUACCAUUGGUUUAGGAAAGAAAAAGGAAAGCCAGCCCGAAAUGUCACCAGCUUUGCACUUGAUGCAGAACCUUGACCCCAAAUCCAAACUGAGACCCAAACGUGCAUCCACCGAACAGAGUAUCCUCUUCAAGUCCUUACACACUAACACAAAUGGGAAAAGCGAGCCGCAGGCAAGUCUAGAUGUCAAUGACAAAGAGAACAGGGACAUCGCUGUCAGUGGAGUUAAGAGGUCGAGGCUGGAAAAAAGUGCUCUUUUCUCAAGCAUGCUGUCUUCCCUACCACAAGACAAAAUCUUUUCUCCUUCUGUGACAUCAGUCAAUACCAUGACAACAUCUUUUAGCACUUCUCAGAACAGUUCUGUGUCUCAGUCUUCAGUGGUACAGCCCAGGAAGGGGGAUGACCCGCCCUGUGGUUCAGACAAAGAAAAGUCAUCACUCACACCCCAUAGCUCCUUAAGGGUCUUCAAUUUCAACUCAUCAAAUACAUCUCAUUCAGGUUUGAGAAGUCCAAGCCAGAUGGAGAAGUCCUCACAAAAUGAGGGAACUAAGGAAGAUCUGAAUUCACAGAGCAACGGGGUGCACGUGCCAGAAAUUAAAUUUUCUGAAUUUUCCAAGCCGAAGGACAGUGAUGGCACAGAAAAAGCUAACCACAUGGAAAGUGCUCUGAAAUCAAGCCUGCCAAGCCAUGGAAGCAUGGACCCUGACUUCAUGAGUCUCCUCAAAUCAAGCCGGUUUGACCCAGGACUUUCACUUUCUGGAUUGUCGUUGUCAGACUCUACAACUCUUAGAGGAAGUGUGCAAAAUAAACUCAAUCCCCGGCCUGGAAAAGUGGUGAUAUUCGGUGAGCCCGACGUCUCUGAGGAGUGCAUUGAGGUGUUCGGUGAUGUUCAGGACUGCACUUCUUGGCACCUUUCCCCAGUGAUACUUGUAAAAGUUGUUAGAGGAUGUUGGAUUUUGUAUGAGAAAGCAAAUUUUGAGGGGCACUCCAUUGCCCUAGAAGAAGGUGACCUGGAACUGUCUGGUCUCUGGGGUAUGGAGGAUGUUUUGGAAACAAAUGAAGAAGCAGCAUCUGAUAAGCCUGUAGUAAUUGGUUCAAUCAGACAUGUGGUCCAGGAUUACAGAAUUAGUCAGAUUGACUUGUUUACUGAACCGGAAGGGUUAGGACUCCUGAAUUCCUACUUUGAUGACACUGAAGAAAUGCAAGGCUUUGGUAUGAUGCAGAAGACUUGUUCCAUUAAAGUCCACUGGGGCACAUGGCUGAUUUAUGAAGAACCUGGAUUUCAGGGUGUCCCUUUUAUUCUGGAACCUGGUGAAUACCCGGACUUAUCUUUCUGGGAUACAGAAGAAGCAUACAUCGGAUCCAUGCGGCCUCUGAAAAUGGGUGGCCGUAAAGUUGAAUUCCCUACAGAUCCAAAGGUAGUUAUUUAUGAAAAGCCUUUCUUUGAAGGAAAAUGUGUGGAGCUAGAAGCAGAAAUGUGCAGUUUUAUCAUGGAAGAGGGUGAGACAGAAGAAGCGUCUGGAAAUGGUCAUUUGCCAUUUACGUCGGUGGGGUCCAUGAAAGUUCUGAGAGGCGUUUGGGUUGCUUAUGAGAAGCCUAACUUUACUGGUCAUCAGUAUUUGCUAGAAGAAGGAGAAUACAAGGACUGGAAAGACUGGGGAGGUUACGAUGGAGAACUUCAGUCUUUACGACCUAUAUUAGGUGAUUUUUCAAAUGCUCACAUGAUCAUGUACAGUGAAAAAAACUUUGGAUCCAAAGGUUCCAGUAUUGAUGUACUAGGAAUUGUUGCUAAUUUAAAGGAAACUGGAUAUGGAGUGAAGACCCAGUCUAUUAAUGUACUGAGUGGAGUGUGGGUAGCCUAUGAAAACCCCGACUUCACAGGAGAGCAGUAUAUUCUGGAUAAAGGCUUCUAUACCAGUUUUGAGGACUGGGGAGGCAAAAAUUGUAAGAUCUCUUCUGUUCAACCCAUAUGUUUGGAUUCAUUCACUGGUCCAAGGAGACAAAAUCAGAUUCACUUGUUUUCGGAACCACAAUUCCAAGGUCAAAGUCAAAGUUUUGAAGAGACAAUAAAUCAAAUUGAUGAUUCAUUUUCCACUAAGUCUUGCAGAGUUUUGGGAGGCAGUUGGGUUGCUUAUGAUGGAGAAAAUUUCUCUGGCAACCAGUAUGUGCUGGAAGAGGGCCACUAUCCCUGUCUCUCAGCAAUGGGAUGUCCGCCUGGAGCAUCUUUGAAGUCUCUUCGUUUUAUAGAUGUUGAAUUUUCUGAACCAACAAUUAUUCUUUUUGAAAGAGAAAAUUUCAAAGGAAAAAAGAUUGAAUUGAAUGCCGAAACAGUUAAUCUCCGAUCCCUGGGAUUCAACACUCAGAUACGCUCUGUUCAGGUUAUUGGUGGCAUAUGGGUUACUUAUGAGUAUGGCAAUUACAGAGGCCGACAGUUCCUACUGUCACCUGCAGAAGUGCCUGAUUGGUAUGAAUUCAGUGGCUGUCGCCAAAUAGGUUCUCUCCGACCUUUUCUUCAGAAACGAGUUUACUUCCGACUUCGAAAUAAAGCAACAGGGUUAUUUAUGUCAACUAAUGGAAACUUAGAAGAUCUGAAGCUUCUUAGAAUACAGGUCAUGGAAGAUGUUGGGGCUGAUGAUCAGAUUUGGAUCUAUCAAGAAGGAUGCAUAAAAUGCAGAAUAGCAGAAGACUGCUGCCUGUCGAUCGUGGGCAGCCUGGUAACAUCUGGCUCUAAGUUAGGCCUGGCACUUGAUCAGAAUGUGGACAGUCAGUUCUGGUGCAUGAAGUCAGAUGGCAGGAUCUACAGCAAGCUGAAGCCAAACUUAGUCUUAGAUAUCAAAGGAGGUGCACAGUAUGAUCAAAAUCACAUCAUCCUCAACACAGUCAAUACAGAAAAGUUAACCCAAGUUUGGGAAGCCAUGGUCCUAUGAACCUGAACAAAGAAUGUAGGAGGAAUAUUUCUGGGAUCGUUUCCAGCUACCUUAUAGAAGAAACACAAAACGACAGUGAUGAUGGAGGAGCCAAGUGGAAAGUAAACCAACUGCCAUGACAGGGAAAAUUAUCUUUUCAAAAGACUGUUAGAGUUUGAAACCAAUAGUCUGUUGUCCUCUUGUUUCUUGAUUUAUAUUUUCUCUCAGUAGCUAAACUGGUUGCCUCAGUAGCGGUUUUGGGGUGGUUUUCUAAAGAUGCUAUAUCAGGACUAUACUUUAAAUUCUUUUCAAAGACAGUAACAAGAGGGAACAAGACCAAGUGGACUUUAAGGGAAAGAUAAAAGCCCAAGUUUGUUAGAAGACUUUAGCGUUUGAGAAGAAUGCUUUAAUAAGGCUAGCACUUUUGAUCCAUGGCCUUAACAUUUUCUGGGACCAUUAACUAUGCUGGUUGGCAGAAUGGGAAAGCCUUAUAUUCAGAAAUAUUACAAGGAACUUAGUAAGUAUAAGCAAAAUACAACUUUCAAUUAAUAUUAAAAUGAGUAAAUUUGCAAAAUUUCAUGUUGAUGUCUGCUAACAUUGGCAGAACUUGUAUUUUAACUCACCGGCUGGCUGCCCUAGCAUAUCACAAAUGAGAGUUAAAUGCCUUUCUUAUAGCUGCUACUGGAACAGUAUUAUCAGGGCCUAACUUAUUAGAUUUUCCUUAGCCAUCUACAUCUAGUACUCAAGCCAUGUUCUACAAUUUUGGUUAAACAGACCUUUUAGCCUGAUUUCCAGGGGCUACUGUGAUAGGACUGCUUCAGAUCUGAAGGUACUGGGAGCUUCCAGUCACACCCUUUUGGUAGCACAGAGGUGUGCAAAGCUCCAGAAGAGUAUUAGUAGUCACCUUAAGUCAGUGAAAAAGAAGCGAUCCUAAGGGCUGUCUGAUGGUCAAAUGUUAGUGCUCAGAGAAACCUAAAACUUAGCAAGCAAUUCAGAAGUGCAAAUUGAAGCUGGAAAGCGCCAGCGGUCCACUAGUCCACACCUUGCUGCUCAGACAGCACAUUCUACUUCUGAGCAGCACUGCUACACAUUUCCUAGAAUGUAUUCUUCCUCAUUUUGUCCUCAUCACUCAAUACUGGUGCUGUCACAGGUACAACAAAUCUUCCCUUUUAUUUGUCAGGCGUGUUUCUCUCUGGAGCCAAUGACGGGCAAUUAUGGUCAUCAGAGUAGUAGUUUGUCUGCAGUUUAAAAAAUAGUGUUUGCACACACAACAGCAUCCAACAUGUCUGUCUUGUUCUUAUAUGUAUAGCUCUGAGUUUAGGCCUUUUGUGUAUAUCAUUACAGUAUGGCGGGGUAAGAUAGUCUAUAGAAGCCGAUGUUGAGUUUAUCUCUUGAAUAAAUGUAUUUCUGGUUACCUA